AUGGCCAAAACAUUAUCCUGUAAAAUCGGUCCAUCUAUUUUGAAUGCUGAUUUAUCGCAGUUGUAUAAUGAAUCUCAAAAGUUGAUAGAUAGUGGAGCAGAUUAUUUACACUUGGAUGUUAUGGAUGGAACUUUUGUUCCUAAUCUAACUUUUGGACAUCCAGUAGUGAAAUGUCUAAGGACUAAGUUACCCAACGCUAUAUUUGAAACACACAUGAUGGUUCAAAAUCCACUUCAAUGGAUUUCUGCUAUGGCUGAUGCUAACGUAGAUCAAUACACAUUUCACAUUGAGCCAUGUGAUGAUGUUCCUUUAGUAUGCCGUAAAAUCAAAGAAGCUGGCAUGAAAGUAGGCUUAGCAAUAAAACCUGGCACUCCGGUUACAUGUGUUGAAGAAUAUAUAGAUAUGGCUGAUAUGAUUUUAGUGAUGACGGUUGAACCUGGAUUUGGUGGUCAGAAAUUUAUGACAGACAUGAUGCCAAAAAUAGAAAUGUUGAGAGAAAAAUAUCCUACAAUGGACAUUGAAGUUGAUGGAGGUAUUGGUCCAAAUAACAUUGAUGUUUGCGCUAAGGCUGGAGCAAAUAUGAUUGUGUCAGGAACCGCAGUGAUUCAAGCUAAAAAUCCACCUCAAGUUAUUCAACUUCUUAAAGAUUCUGUUAAUAAACAUUUAAAUAUAAAAUCAAAUUGA